UCCCCGCGAGGUGGGAGGGGUGCGGGUUUUGCGCUGCGAGUGGCUACGAGGCUCCUUCGCUUGUGGGGAGCCUCACGGGAGGGGUGGGAGCGCCCCGACACGCGGCGGUAACGGCGGCGGGGUUUCCUCUUUUUUCCUCUUCUCCUAGUAAUUCCUGCUGAAAUGCGGUGCCCCGCUCUGGCAUGAGCCCCCCCUUCCAGCAGGAGUGCUCCCCGGGCACCGCCGCUGUCCCUGGCCGGAGACCCGUGUCGGGAAGAAGGGGCUGUCGCCGUGGAGCCGCCGCUCUCUGCACCAGCGGGCGCCGGGCUCGGGACGCAGGCUUAGCACACUGGCAGCAUGGCUACAAGUGCCGUUCCCAGCGAAAACCUCCCUACGUACAAGCUGGUGGUGGUUGGAGAUGGUGGCGUGGGGAAGAGUGCUCUCACCAUUCAGUUUUUCCAGAAGAUUUUUGUGCCGGACUAUGACCCAACUAUUGAAGACUCCUACUUGAAGCACACAGAAAUAGAUGGGCAAUGGGCAAUUCUUGAUGUUCUGGAUACUGCGGGCCAAGAGGAGUUCAGUGCAAUGCGGGAGCAGUACAUGAGGACUGGAGAUGGUUUCCUUAUAGUCUACUCGGUGACAGACAAGGCUAGCUUUGAGCACGUGGACCGGUUCCACCAGCUGAUCCUCAGAGUCAAGGACAGAGAGUCCUUUCCAAUGAUUUUGGUGGCGAACAAAGUUGAUCUAAUGCAUUUACGGAAAAUUACGAGAGAACAGGGAAGAGAAAUGGCAACAAAACAUAAUAUUCCCUAUAUAGAAACGAGUGCCAAGGACCCACCCCUAAAUGUUGACAAGGCCUUCCAUGAUCUUGUGAGGGUAAUAAGGCAACAAAUCCCAGAGAAAAGCCAGAAGAAGAAGAAAAAGACCAAAUGGCGAGGGGACAGAGCCACAGGCUCCCACAAACUCCAGUGCGUGAUUUUGUGACGGGACCGCCUGGGAGUGCCUUGGAUGUUUCCCUCCUCCCCCCUUGACCCACCACCAGCCCAGGCAAGGGGCAGCAGUGCUAUGUCCCCAUGGCUCUGCCACCCCCUCGGGCUCCCCACAGCAGCUUGGGCUCAGAGGAGGCAGCUGGAGGGGGUCUGGACCCCUCUCAGAGCGGGGCUGCACGUGGGGGCCAGCAUGGGAGCCAACAAAUGGGAGGCAGAAGGGAUCAGCAGGACAUUGACUCUCAAACAUCCCUGGCGCCUUCCAGAGGCCUCCAUCAUGUUUAUUUUAAAAAGAAAAAAAAAAAAAAAAAAAGAGGGGGGGGGAGAGAAAAAAGUGUUGGUUUUAUCUGUGAAUAUUUCUCCAUGUCACCCAUUUCUGAACAGCCAUGAAUAGCCCCCCUGUUUGGUACAGUCGUCUGCAUAUGUGUGGGGGAAGGGAGAGGGCUUUUCUUUCCUUUCUCUAAAUUUUUUUUUGUCCUCUCCUCCUUUCUUGUUGUUUGCUCAGCAAGUGUUGGGUUGCAAAGAAACACGGCUGGGGUUAGAUUUUUUGCACUGAACUCUCUCUUACAUGGCAGUGCCAAAACACGACUUCAUAUGAAAGUGCAUCAAUUUGGAGGAAGAAAAUGAAUUCCAGCUGCUCUGGGUGCUCCAGACAUUGUGUCAGACUCUGGAGGGCAGCCAGCUCACAGACCAUAAACUCCAGCUUAGGAAAGGAGGUUUGGGCUUGGAUUUUUUUUUUUUUAUUACCCUUUGUCGAGAGGUUUUGUUUCUGUUUUGUAAUUUUGGGCAUGUCAAAGUUGUUUUGUUAACCUGGAAGUAUUUAAAUUAAAGUAAUUUACAAAUGUAA